CGACGCAUGACGUCAACUGUCUGCGCCUCGGAGCAGAGACAGCGAUGGCGAUGUCACAAGCAAACCAAGAGAAAGAGAGCGAUGAUUGCUCUUUGCUGCCUCUAGUUCAUGACAUUAUCAAAUGCAUGGACAAGGACAGCCAGGAUGUCCAUCAAGAGCUGGCCAAGCUGAAGGCGAAGAUCCAGGAGGCUCGGGAGCAGAUAUCCAACAUGCCCGGGGUGGACAGCAGCCCGCUGGAGCAGCAGCAGCAGCUGGCGACGCUGCGAGAGCAGGUCCGCACCAAGAACCAGCUGCUGCAGAAAUACAAAAGUCUGUGCAUGUUUGACGUGCCAAAAGCAUCAUGAUACUGAAGACUGGAUUAGUUCACUGACUGGAGGACGCUCACGGACAGUCGAGGUGCAGGAAGGACGUUUUGCUUAUUAUCCUCACCUUUGAAGCAAGUAUAAGGGAGGUUCAAGAAUACCAGAUGGACGUUUAAAUUAAUAAGGACGUAUUUUUUCUGGUUUGCAUCGCUUUGCAAGAUGUUUGUGAAUGUCACACAAUGUCCUCUUCUUUUGUCUUUUUUGUUGUUGAAAAACUUUAAACGUGGUUUAAUAUAUGUCCUGAACACAUUUUUUUAGUUGUAACAUUUUCUUAUUUUGUAA